GAGAGAAGAUGAAUGCAGAGAGAGAGCGAGUUGUCCCUCAAAAGCCUGCACAAAGAGCACCAGUGCUCAAACGAUCCCACUGCUCUCCUUCUCUCCCUUUCUUCCUGUCGUCUUCUUGUGUUAUACUAGCUCAAAAGGCUUUUGCUUGCAUGCAGUGCCUCUUCUCUGCAGAGUGCAGAUUGAUAGGUUAGGGUGCCUUGUAGUUUGCAGUAUAAAGCAGCAGGUUUGGACACAUCUCCUUGGCCUCCUCCUCUUGCCUUGUGAAUUGUACAUGCAUGCUUUUGCCUGCAUUGCUCCAACAAGAGAAAACUGAGAUAUGAUAGCAGCUUUAGCCACAAAGGAGAACACUCUAGAGCAGUAGGCAGGUAAUUAGUCAGAUUCAUUGUUCUUGUCCUUGCUCUUGGAUUUCUUAUAUGACACAUGCUUGUUUUUGGAUUAGAAUAGUUUGAUGUGAUAUAGGCCAACCUUGCUUUGCAGUAUCCUCCAUCCAUACGCUGAACUGAACUGUUUGGUUUGUUGCAUAACUCCUGUGGAUGAGUGAGUGAUGGGCAGUGGCUAUUUAGGCACAUGCAUGCAUGAUGCAUCUAUCAGUUGCAAUUUUAUAAUGCAACUGCUGUCCAAAAAAAGUAUUAUAUACUGGAAGGAAAACAUUGUGCAUUUGGAUUAGGUGUUGAUCAGGAGUGUCUCUUCCCUUCUGUUUAUUUCCAUCCGUCAUGGUUUUUUUGCUUCACCGGUUGGCCAAUCAUGAGGUGAUAAAUCCCAUAAAGCUCUUAUCCUGUUUCUCUCUUUACACCCUCCACACUUUAGCUAUACAGGCCUCAGCUCAGCGAGAACGAGCUCGUAGCUCGGUGGUUGUCUCAUCGAGGAUUUAUUUCAAGAUUUUUCAAGAUUUCCUGACCUACAAUGACGAGUAAUCCGUCAACCUUCUCGCAAAUCGGUGUGGAAGCCAUGAACAACGGCUACUUCAUGGUGGGCAGCAGCGGCGGCGGCGGCGGCAUGAUGAGCGGCGACGUGCCGCACUUCCACCCGAGCAUGCUCCUUGAGCAUGGUGGCUUCGGAUUCGGCCUCGGCGACGCGGUGGUUGACGCCGCCGCAACGGCCACGGACAUGGGCGCGCAGUUCGCGGUGAACAACCUGAUGCUCGCCUCCUUCGCCAGCCAGCUCUUCUCUACCGCCCCCGCGCUGGCGCAAAGCGACCACCUCGGCGGGAGGGCGCCACCGGAGGAGGAGAUGGAGGACGGGUAUGGCGUCGCCGGCAAUGAAAGCUUCGGCGCGGCGAGCCUGCAGCGCCCCGGCCAGUCGGGUGCGAUGGCGGUUUGGUCAUCGUCUUCGUCCAAUAAGCCGUACGGCUGCUGGAGCAACGCCGACGGAUCAAGAACCGUCUCGGUCCAUGAGUCUUACCACCUCGCCGGGCUUCCCGACGCGGCCGGCUCCCACAACCCGCUCACGGCCUGCGUCCGCGUCAAUACGCCAGCGUCGAGCGAGCUGUCGCUGAACCUUUGCUCCAAAUCGUCCUCGGACAGCGCGCUGAACGCCACCGACCAGUGCUCGUCGGGAGCAAGCCGCUCUGCCCUGACCGAACUGCCACAGGUGUACCCGCGAGCGCGCUCCAGGCCGGCGCACUUCGCCGUGGUGGUGGCACGCUCGCGGUACGCGGCAGUGGCGCAAGAGGUGCUCAACGACGUCGUUGGCCGCCUUGUGGACGGUGCUGCGGACCUUGGCGCCGACUCGCACAGGGGAAUCGACAGCGGUGCGAGGCCGUCGAGCGGCUCGGUUGGCGCGCCGUCCGCGGUUAGCUCGAACCAGCUAAUGGCCUCUUCCGGGGAGCACCUGCACGGCGGCGACGCCGGCCCGUGGUGGCGCGAGGCUCAGAGGGUCAGGAGCGACCUCCUCAAGAUGCUUCAGCUGAUAGAUCAAAAGUACAACCAAUGCUUGGACGAGAUCCAGAGCACGACGGCCAAGUUCAACACCGUGAUGCUGCAGUCCGGCGGCGCCGGCAACGGCAGCAUCUGCGCGCCGUUCGCGCACCGCGCCGUGUCGGCGAUGUACCGUGGCCUGAGGCGGCGGAUCGCCGGCGAGAUCAUGGCGGCGGCGGCGGCGGAGAGCAGGCCAACCUGCUGGGGGGAGUCGUCGUCGUCAGUGACGGCCGGCGACAUGGAGCGGAGCUGGGAGGCCGCGUUCAUACAGAAGCACUGGGCGGCGCAGCAGCUUCGUCGUGGCGACCAGCAGUGCUGGCGACCCCAGCGCGGCCUGCCGGAGAAGUCCGUCGCCGUGCUCAAGGCGUGGAUGUUCGAGAACUUCCUGAAACCGUAUCCGACGGACCGUGACAAGGACGUGCUGGCUGCAAGAAGUGGCCUCAGCAGGAACCAGGUGUCGAACUGGUUCAUCAACGCGCGAGUUCGUAUAUGGAAGCCGAUGAUCGAGGAGAUGUACGAGGAGCUGAAGAGGAGCUCGGCUGGAGGGCAGGGACCGGCAAUGGAGCAGCAGCUGAGCAAGCUAGAUGUUGUCAGUUAGAAGAUGGGCAGUGAACCGAGAGCUUUUGUACCAUUGAUCUACUAUUUGACCUUGGAAUUUUUUCUGGUAUGUACGUAUAUUCGGCAAUUGUUGCAUUUCCCACUAGAUCAUCGGUGCAUCCUGGUUAAUUUGGAGAGAGGCAUGAUGCUGAACGAACUGAGCAAAUGGUCAUCAUGCUCGUCUGCUCAUUUCUGAUGGCGAUCUCAGUUAGAAGUAUGGGUCAAUGCAAUGCCGAAUUCAGAGUGAGCAGAUUCUGAGCUGGGUUCUUA